CGAACCUCGCUGCUGUACGCCCUUCACGUUCCGCACAUGGAUCGAGUCGACAUGUCCACGCCACACCCUGUUGACAGAGCGAAGGAGCGGCUUGUGUAACAGCUGUAUGACCCGGUAGAAGCCGCAGCAGCAGCAGCAUCGAGCCUCUUGACAUGUCCAGCGCGCCGAGGAGGCGGCGCAUGCGGCGGCCUCCCUGUGCCGAGGGGCUCGCUGAAGAAACACCCGGGCACAAGUUGUACCCACAGAGCUGUUGACUUCCUCGACUGCGUCAGUGACUGUUUAAGGAAUGAGAAACGAGGCUUCGCUUCUCGUCAUGGGGUUGUUUUUGCACGCCGUGGGUUCGACUCCCACUGCGACCACUGCGGACACGAAUCUGAAACAGUGCGAAGGAGUCAACAACCAGAGCUACAUCUGUGAGUCUGGACACUGCUGCGGGGAGUCUCAGUGCUGCAGCUACUACUAUGAACUGUGGUGGUUUUGGCUGGUGUGGGCGAUCAUCUUCAUUCUGAGUUGCUGCUGCGUGUGUCAUCAUCGCCGAACCAAACACCGCCUGCAGCAACAACAACGUCAGCAUGAGAUCAACCUCAUUGCUUACCGCGAAGCUCACAACUACCCAUCCCUGCCCUUCUAUUUCAGAUUUUUGCCAAACUACCUCCUGCCUGACUAUGAAGAAGUUGUCAACAGACCACCCACUCCUCCCCCUCCAUACAGUGCCUUACACAGUGGCCCGACCACUGUGGUCACAGGUCCACUUGCUCCCGAGCAGUCGGAGCGACCCUGUACGGUCAUCCAACCCACCGCAAUGCCGCCAAGUGCUGAUGUCUGUUUGUACGGCAGACACAGUCCAGUAGAUUCACAGCCACCACCUGGGGACUUCAUAUCUGCCAACAAGCCCCUGCAUGCAACACAAGACGCUGCUGUGAUCCUCAGCUCAGAGGGACUGAAUAGUGAAGGACUCGCCAACCGCCAGAAAGAGUGUGAUGGUCCAGAAGACCCUGGCAAGGAUGCUCUUCUUGGGAACCUGUCAGAUGGAAGUGCUGACGACAAAGAGCGGCAGCACAGCGGAAGGAUGCGGCGAUUUACCGGGGACUCUGGGAUCGAGGUGUGUGUUUGCGGCUCGCAAGGAAGCAGCGGGUGUAGCAGCGCCACCAGCAGUGGCCAGGAAGGGAAGCCGUCGCGGGAGGCGGACACCUUGCUGGGACGGGAGGAUGAGAAGGGAGACUUCUGCGACAGUUGCGGUCACCGUUCGUCCUACUGUGUGGAAGAGGAGCCCCGAACAGGCUGCCCGGAGAGGCGGGCUGCACAUGGACCCUCCCAAGCAUCUCACCGGAGCAGCACUCCAGUCUGCCUCCUCCUCCAUACUAUCAGCGAGCAGGAGGCGCCACAACACGGCACCAGCACUGAGCCACAGGGUUGAAGCACCCUCUGUGGAAAAGCUACUCCACACAGAGCAGGGAAACCCAAGAGUUUUAAAUUACAAUCCUUUGUGUAGACGUCAAAUGUGAACUUUAUGUCAGCAAAGGGGAGAGAAAUCAGGCUUUCUCUCUGAAACUGUUGCCUUAAUCUGUGUAUUCUAGGUGAUAUGUGGACAGCAGGAGCGCUUCAUCAGCCUUAGUAAAGCUCUGAGACACUGCGAGGCAGCGCAGAAUUCCCGACGUCUCAUGCCACGCAUCUUCAAGAUCAACCAUUUGAUCGCUGUGAUGGCGGGAGGGGAAGUUUACCUUGGAUUAUCUCAACCGUUGUGUGUUCAGUGGAGAAAGGACACCAAGUUCGGAACAUUUUGGAGCAUGAACCGUGCGAGGGUGUGAGUGAGUGGCUGUGUUUAUCAACACUCUUGGUCCCUGCUAAAGCAAGUCAGUCCAUGAGUGCACAAUGUUUAACUUUAAAAUUAAGAAAACCAAGUUUUUUGUUACGGUUUCUUAUGCAGCACUUCACUUUUGUCUUAAUGUAUUCUCAUGCCCAGCAGAAAACCUGAGGCAGGUGAAACGCACUACCGAGCCUGAAGCUGUAGAGAGAUUAAAAUCAUUCUGGACAACCUCAGACCUCACCAUGGGAGAUGAUCUUCAUCAUCAUCGACAGCCAUUGUCAGUAUGAAACAUGCUGCCUUUACACUCUUUGUAAGAUUUUCAUGUUAGAAGCCAAAGGUUGUUUAACAAGCUCUUUUAAGUUUCAUUGUUACUAACACUGACUGACCCUGUAGCAAAAACCUGGCAUGCAAACCUUUUGGAGCAUGAAGACUGGUUCCAAAAGACGAGACAAAAUGCUCAAAGGUUAAUGUUUCAUCAAGUUGAGCUACAGUAGCGUGUCUUUUGGACCAAAGGACAACUCUUGCACAACACAAUGAACCACUACAUACCAAAAAAGCUGCAGAGGGAGAUGCAAUAUUAGGCAGGUGGUCAUCAUGUUAAGUCUAAGUAGCCACUCGCACCUUAAUCGUAUCUUAGUCAAAAGUCAUUGUUGCUUAACUUGUGAAAGUUAAAGUCAAAAGCACUGAUAUUUGAUUAGAUGAAGUCAAUGCUUAUCAUGAAGGGCAUGACAACAUUAGCUUCAGGGUACAGUUUGCCAAAGCACAAAUGUGACACUAGUCAACAGUGACUCGUCCCUGAAUAUUCUUUAAUAUUUCUUCAAGCCCACAAAUCGACUUGUAAAAUGUAAUCUUGCAACAAGCCUGAAGAUUCACAAGUGCUUUAUAUGUGUGUGUGUGUGUGUGUGUGUGUGCUGCUUCUUUCUGAGGGAGAUGAUUAGAUUGGUACAUUCAUAUCAAACAAACCACUUUAUAUUUUCAUAGCGUGUCUUAAAGCCAAAUAGUUGCCUAUAUCAUUUCAGGAAAUCAGUAGCUUUACCAGGUUUUCUCUGAUUGUGGGUAUUGUUUUGGUCAUCGUAAAGAAAUGAUGUCCAGUGAUGGUCUUAUUCUUGAUUUAUAUGAAGGUACAUUUGACUUACUAACUCUGUAUAUCGGAUGUUAACCAGAUCAGGGGCAUUCUGCCAAAGAUUCUUUUACUUACAUGCGUUUGUGGUGUUUUUUUUUCUUCCUCCGAACUGGGAAUGUUAUAACUGUAAUAUCAAACUACCAAAAUAGCUGA